AUGGAGCUAUCGAUCGAGGACGGCAUAUUGGUGGCUGAGCCCCUUGCGUGGACUUGGACAGAGCCUGACGUUUCCACAGCCGAGUGGAGGCUGGCCGCCCUGGAAGUCCGUGGGGAAGGCACGCAGACCCUAAGGUCCAUGGCGCUGUGCAGACUCGCGGCCCGCGAAGACCUCGGGGUGGCGCGCGACAUCUCGGCCGGUGGGACCAACGCCGGGAGGUCUGCAGCCGACCGGGACCGUCUAGGCGGGCUCUCCGGUAUCAGAGCCAUGCCCCCAACGCUUCCCACGAAUACGGAGUUCUGCGAGAAAAUAAACAACAAUUGGCUCUCACGUCCCUUCGCCCAAGAAGGUCGUUUAUGGUGU